UGCUACGCCUGCAAAAGUGGAAUUAGUGGUGUCCGUUUCCUCCGGUCACGUCUGGUCGCCGUACGUAUAUAGUAACGGGAAAAUUGUUCCUUAUUUUCCGAAAUUCCCGCAUUCCUGUAUGUGCACACUGCCCUCCGGCUUCUACCUAAGCCGCAGCGAACAAGAGACAGGAGCGGGCGGCGACGGAGGUGAAGAAGCCCGAAGUGAUAGGAAAACGCCAACUCUUUCAAAUCCUUCCAACAUUUUUGCUGCUUGCUUCGUAAUGGAAUACGCGCCGGCUUGUUGUUGCUGCUGGUCGAGAUCGGGAUUCUGGUGAUCUUGCAAUACCCGCUUUCCUCGCAGCAAAGCUGCGGAUCCUUUUCUAUUGGAUCCAGUUAGGUUUUGGCGGUUUUGCUGGGGAGAGGGAGAUGGCGGGAUGGAGGUAUCGAGCUGGGCUGCUUCUCAUCGGCGCUGUGGUGGUGAUCUGGGUUACGUCUGCUGAAGUCACGCAGGGUAUUUUUACAGACUACAAACAACCUUUUGCUGUCACUUAUUUGGGAGCCUCUCUCAUGAUCAUUUAUCUUCCGAUAGCCUUUAUGAAGGAUUGGAUAUGCAACAUGCUAAGAAAGCAUUCAUCUAAAGGAGGCAAAACUUUGAAGUCUGCCAACCAAUCUUCUGCAACAAAUUCCCUUGCAAAAUCUAAGGAAAUGCAGAAAAUGCUUCAAAUAGAAUCACAUUCCCCUUUAAAUCGAAAAGAAAGUGGCAUUGACCUUUCUAUACAAGAAGGAGAGGAAAGUCCAUUUAUUGUGAAGAUCAAAGAUGAUUUUGAUGGGCAGAAAGAAUCUGUAGAGCUUACUACAAGGGAUAUUGUAAAAUAUGGGUUUUAUCUAGCGCCAAUUUGGUUUGUAACAGAGUAUCUAUCAAAUGCAGCACUUGCAAGGACUAGUGUCGCAAGUACAACAGUCCUAUCAUCUACCUCAGGUCUUUUUACUCUCUUUAUUGGUGUGCUUCUUGGACAAGACUCCUUAAAUGUUGCAAAAUUAGUUGCCGUAUUCAUUAGCAUGGCUGGAGUUGUUAUGGCAACCCUAGGCAAGACGUGGGCCACAGAUGAGUCUCAACUGAGCUCCACUGGGAACGGAAAGAGGUCACUUGUUGGAGAUCUUUUUGGUCUUCUUUCUGCUGUAUCAUAUGGGCUAUUUACUGUUCUUCUAAAGAAGUUCUGUGGGGAGGAAGGCAAGAGAGUUGAUGUUCAGAAGUUGUUUGGAUAUGUCGGAUUGUUUACACUUGUUGCUCUAUGGUGGCUUGUGUGGCCGCUUACUGCAUUAGGAAUUGAGCCCAAGUUUACAAUUCCUCACUCUGCUAAAAUGGAAGAAGUUGUACUUGCCAAUGGCUUUGUGGGAAGUGUGCUCUCGGACUACUUUUGGGCUUUGUGUGUUGUAUGGACCACUCCUCUUGUAGCCACCUUAGGCAUGUCACUUACAAUACCGCUUGCUAUGGUUGCUGAUAUGGUGAUACAUGGCCGUCAUUAUUCAGCUGUGUAUGUUCUUGGUUCAGCUCAGGUAUUUGCAGGUUUUGUAAUAGCUAACAUUUCAGAUAGAAUAUACAGGAUGCUGGGAUUGUAGCGCUCCUGAAACUUAUUGAUUCAUUCAUUUCCAGAAAGUAUGGGAUCCAUAAUGAUUUUUUUUCCUACUCUUCUUUAGAUUUUUAUCUUUUGCAGCAGGUUUGAUAUAGUAUGAUUCCUCUGUACCAUCAGUGUUGUUAAAUGUCAAUGUUAAGUGUGUAUAGCUUCAUUUUUUUUUUUAACCACAGACUGAGUUACUGUUCUUUGGAGGUUUUGAUUUUGAUAUGUUUUAAGAAAUUUCUAUGAUUUUUUUAGUGCUUU